AGGGAAAAACCAAACCCUUCUCUUCUUCAUCAGCCACUGUCUGUGAUACACAAAUCUAACCAUCAGAUUCAAUCUCUGCCGUCAUCUUCCCUUUAUCUAACGGUCUACAUUUCCCCUCGUCUCGUGCUUAUCACUCCCUUCUUCUUUUCUUUUCCCCCCUUUUCUCUCUCCUCUCUCCUCACUCCUCACACACUCUCUCUUAAAUUCACAACAAUGGCGAAAACCCUUUUUCCUGGGAUUUUUCGAUCUCGGUAACACCAAACAUUCAACCUAAUUUUCUCUCUCUCUUUUUUUUCCUCCCAAAUUUAAGCUCAAACUUAACAAAAAGGUUCGAUUUUUGUUGUGUUCUUCAAAACUUUUAAUUUUUUUCUUGAUUUCCGGAAGUGGAUGGAAUGAUAACGGAGAGUUAUUCAAAGAUGAGUUCAGAAGUCGGAGUUCGAUCGAUCGAUUAUGGCGAUGAAUUAGUAGGGAAAGAGCUAGGGAUUAUGUUGAGGGAAAGGGAAAGAGAAAGGGAGAGAGGCUACGACAUUUUCCGAAGUCCGUCGGCUCCGCCGACUGUCGAUGGCUCACUCUCCGCCGCUGGAGGUAUAUUCUCCGGAGGAGAUGGAGGUGUAGGCCGAGAGGUGUCGGAGGAAGAGCUGAGGUCUAAUCCAGCUUACAUUGAUUACUACUAUUCGAAUGUCAAUAUGAACCCUAGGUUGCCGCCGCCAUUGUUGUCUAAGGAAGAUUGGAGGUAUGCGCAGAGGUGGGGCGGCAACGGUGGUGGUGGAGGGCCUGGACCUGGGCUUGGGGGUAUUGGAGAUAGGAGGAAGGUAAGUAAUAACAAUAAUCAUAAUAAUAGUAAUAGAGGGGAUGAGUUUAAUGGAAAUAACAAUAAUGGUAAUAAUGGGAUUAAUAAUAAUAACAAUGUCGAGGGUAAUAAUAACGGUGGGAGUUCCUUGUUUUCCAAAGGGUUUAAUAGUCAGAAGGAGGAGGAAAAUGGGCAGAGUGAGUGGAGUGGUGUUGGGUUGCCUGGAUUAGGGUUAGGGAGUAGGCAAAAAAGCAUUGCUGAAAUAUUUCAGGAUGACUUGAAUAAUUCCACCUCUGCUGGAAGGAUUCCUUCUCGUCCUGCUAGCCGUAAUGCUUUUGAUGAAAACAUUGCUACUUCAGAGGCUCAGUUGGCUCCCUUAUCAUCAACAGAUGCUUUGCGCGUUGGUGGAAAUAUACAAGGCAUUUCAUCAAACCACAAUGCUGAUGUUUCAGCUUCUCUUAGUUAUGCUUCUGCUCUAGGUGCUUCCCUGUCAAGGAGCACCACUCCUGAUCCUCAGCUCAUUGCUAGAGCCCCUAGCCCUCGGAUCCCCACAGCUGGAGCUGGUGAUGGCCGGGUUAACUCUAUGGAGAAAAGAAGCAUCAGCAGUCCGAGUUCUCAUCAUGGCAACUCGAAUGGCCCACAUGCUGCUGCAGAUCUUGUAGCUGCUUUGUCUGGCAUGAGUUUGUCCUCGGAUCCACAGAUGGACGAGGAUAGGCAAAUGAGGUCUCAGUUUCAGCGCGGGAUUGGUGACCAUAGAAACCUUUUCAAUUUACAUGGUGAUCAUAACCAUGUCAAACAGAACCUGCACUUGAAUUCUGCUGAAUUCUCUCCUUUUCAGCAGCAAUCUGUAUCCCAUCCAACCAAAGGUUUAUAUUCCACCAAGGGAAAAAGCGGUGGUAUGGAUCAAAAUUACUACUUUAGGUCUGAUGGAUUGGUCGACCAUCACAAGCAUGGCGGACCAAAUUCUCCCUCUAACUUUCACAGUGUUGGUAGCCCAAGCUCGGCUAUUCCAAAUUACAGUCUUAGUGGACACAAUAUCAAUCCUGCUUUGGCAUCGAUGAUGGCAGGUCAACUUGGCAGCGGAGCUUUGCCACCAUUGUUUGAGAAUGCUGCUGCUUCAGCCAUUGGUGGCUUGGAUUCGAGAUCAAUGGGAGGAAAUGUAUCUUCGCGAGCAAAUUUAAUGGCAGCGGCUGCAGAGCUGCAAAAUCUCAAUAGAGGGGGAAAUCAAUCUCAACUGGACCCCUUGUAUCUUCACUACUUAACAUCAAAUGAUUAUACUGCUGCCCAGCUUGCGGCUCUGAAUGACCCUUCCAUUGAUGGGGGCAAUUCCUACAUGGAUUUGCUGGCACUUCAGAAAGCUUAUCUGGGAACAUUGCUGUCCCCUCAGAAAUCAGAGUGUGGUCGGCCUUACCUUAGUAAAUCAGCCGGACUGAAUCAUGGUUAUUAUGGCAACCCAGCUUUUGGAAUUGGCACAACAUAUGCUGGAAAUCAUUUAGCGAAUUCACUUAUGCCUAACUCUCCCGUUGGACCUGGUAGUCCCUUGAGACACGGUGAGAGGAAUAUGAGGUUGCCUUCUGGGAUGAGGAACUUAGCUGCAGGCAUGAUGGGGAAUUGGAGGUCAGAAACUGGGGGCUUCAUGGAGCAUAGUUUUGGAUCUUCUCUGCUUGAUGAAUUCAAAAGCAAUAAGACUAAAUGUUUUGAGCUGUCCGAAAUUGCUGAUCAUGUUGUGGAGUUCAGUGCUGAUCAGUAUGGGAGUCGCUUCAUCCAGCAGAAACUUGAAACAGCCUCAAUAGAGGAGAAGAAUAUGGUUUUUCAUGAAAUAAUUCCACAAGCAUUGUCACUGAUGACAGAUGUAUUUGGUAACUAUGUGAUCCAAAAGUUUUUUGAGCAUGGAACAGCCUCCCAAAUUAGAGAACUGGCUGAUAAGCUCACUGGUCAUGUUCUGACACUGAGCCUUCAAAUGUAUGGCUGUCGAGUUAUCCAGAAGGCCAUCGAAGUUGUUGAUUUGGACCAGCAGAAGAAGAUGGUUGUGGAACUUGAUGGCCAUGUGAUGCGCUGUGUACGCGACCAAAAUGGAAAUCAUGUUAUUCAAAAGUGCAUUGAGUGCAUACCUGAAGAUUCGAUCCAGUUUAUCAUAUCAACUUUCUAUGAUCAAGUCGUGACUUUGUCAACCCAUCCAUAUGGGUGUCGCGUUAUCCAGAGAGUUCUGGAACACUGCAAUGACCCAACAACCCAACGUAUAGUGAUGGAAGAGAUUAUGCAGUCUGUUUGUAUGUUGGCACAGGACCAGUACGGAAAUUAUGUUGUCCAGCAUGUACUGGAGCAUGGAAAGCCAGAUGAACGCUCUGCUAUAAUAGUCAAGUUGACUGGGAAGAUAGUUCAAAUGAGUCAGCAGAAAUUUGCUUCCAAUGUUAUAGAGAAAUGUCUAUCAUUUGGGGAUGUUACAGAGCGUCGUAACAUGGUGAAUGAAAUGCUUGGAGCUGCAGAUGAUAACGAGCCACUUCAGGUGAUGAUGAAAGACCAGUUUGCAAAUUAUGUUGUACAGAAAGUGCUGGAAACUUGUGAUGACCUACAACUCGAAGUGAUCCUCUCACGAAUAAAGAAUCAUCUGAAUGCACUGAAGAAGUAUACAUAUGGAAAACAUAUUGUUGCUCGUGUAGAGAAGCUUGUUGCAGCUGGAGAGAGGAGAAUCAGUUUGCAGACUCCCUACCCUGCUCCGAUGGCAUAGAAGAGAAAGGUGUUGUACAGCUAACCGAGGCUAGUUUGAACGUGGCUCUCUACCCUUUGCUUUUGUUUAAUGCCUGCUGUGGCUCCUGUCUAUUUAUUUAGGUUGGACUGAGAGCUGAAAAAUAAAGGUUUGUUGGUUGUACUAGUAAACCUGUAAAUUGUAGUGGUUUUUUUUGGUUUCGGAGGAUAUAUACCUAGAGAACAGGUUAGGUUGAGGCUCAAAAUGGUACAAGAUGCCAGAUGCCCCUCCCCCCCAUGCCGAGGAGAGUAAAAUUUACUGUACAAGUUUCGAGGGUGUAUAGAGAAAGCUGGUGGAGGUAGUAAAUUUGUGACUUGUGACUGUACAGAAUGAUGCUAGGUGCAGAAAGAGAGCCUUUGUGUUAGAGUCGAGGCUAUAAGUUUUCCUUUUCUAUGUAUCGGAUGGUUAAUUUCUUCUUUAAAAGAACAAUUUUCUCAUA